UCGGGCGGGAGAGUUUAUAUCCGCAAUUCGAAAUUUAAACAAUCGAAUUUUAUUCGAUUAUAGAACGAUCGCGUGAAAAACAUUAGCUUUAACGUUGUUUAAUCUGUAUUUUUGUUGAAUGAAAGAAGGUUUGUGCUGAAAUAGAGAAUUAAUUAAAAAUAGUGUUUCGCAUCGCUGAUAGAGCGCCAGAAUGUGCAAGCCUUCUCGGUACAUCAACACCAGUGCUGGAUGCGUUAUUGAUUGACCACGCUCCAUCAGCUCGGUAGACAGCUACAAAGAUGGCUGACAAUGUGGCAUUCGAUGAUGAGAAGCUGGUGGUAGGCAGUCCGAACCAAAGGAACUGGAGGGGUAUUCUGAUCGCUCUUUUAGUAAUCGUUCUGGUGCUUGCGUUGAUUGUGACGUCAGUAGUGCUGCUGACACCGCCCGACGAGGGGCCCAGGGUUAAGGGCAGACGGCUGAAGAUACAGGACCUGGUGUCUGAUGACCUGGUACCCGUGAGGUGGAAUGGGACGUGGAUUUCUGGUGAUGAAUUCGUUUACCGAGACCCAUGGGGCGGUAUCAGUCUCAUGUUCGCCGCCAAUCAGACGUCCAAAACCUUGAUGCCAAACACCACAUUUAGAGUUCUAGAACCCGCAUCAUUCUCGCUGUCAGCUGACCGGCGGUUCCUGCUCCUUGCCCAGAACCCUCGCAAGGUGCACCGAUUCUCGUAUCUGGCUAGGUACAUGGUGUACGAUAUAUUGACAACCGAAUCCUACCCCCUAACGCCUUUACCAGAUGAAGUGGGGGGCGGCGUGAUAUCCGAGGGUCCGCUUCUCCUCCUUGCUAUGUGGACGCCCAAAGGCCACGGUCUAAUCACAGUGAAAGACUGCGAUAUAUACUACCGACCAGCUCCGAGGUCUUCCACUGGAUACCGGGUUACGGAGACGGGGGUUCCUGGCACCAUAUAUAAUGGUGUACCGGACUGGUUGUAUGAAGAGGAGAUUCUCAAAUCCCGUUCAGCGCUAUGGAUGUCUGCUGAUGGCCACAUGGUGCUAUACGCAACAUUCAACGAUUCCUUGGUGCACGAACAGAAGUACGCUUGGUACGGAUCUGCCCUGGAUACAGAUGAUCCCGCCAAGACGUACCCGGAGAUCAGAAGUGUUAGGUAUCCUAAGCCUGGGACCAAUAACCCGGUUGUGAAACUCACUGUGGCAGAUAUUGCGGAUCCUAAGCAUAUAAGAACGAGACAUCUGUCUCCGCCGAAAGCUAUUCUUGAGGAAGGCGACUACUAUUUCACAAGCGCUCAAUGGGUGUCACUCACGGAAGUGUGCGUGGUGUGGCUCACAAGGCUUCAGAAUCUCUCCGUGGUGUCGGUCUGCAAGAGCCCCAUGUGGUACUGCCAAGAGGUAUACAGAAUAUCAUCAGGUUCUGAAAGCUGGGUGGAAUCCGCCCCUGCGCCCCUCUGGUCCGCCGGGGGCGGAGCCCUAGUCACACUGGCGCCCGUCCGGGACGGUCCCGCGGGCCUCUUCCGCCACGUUGUCCGCUCAGAGCAUAACGCGCAUGGUCCCAGGGCUUUACCCUUAACACAUGGUAGCUUUGACGUGGUGCGGCUUCUGGCGUGGGACCAUGUUAAUCAGCAUGUUUACUACCUAGGUAUACCAGAGGGCAAGCCAGGUCAGCAGCAUUUGUACCGGGUGUCGUCAGAAGCACCUCGCCCUGGCACUCCUCAUAAGCUACCUUACUGCGUCACCUGUAUGUCUCAUCCUUCGCCGUCAAUAAACCUGGACUACUACGGCAACCUGGCUUCGUAUCUAUAUAGCUCGUGGGACAGUGACGCCGAUGAAGAAUUACCAGCUUCCCCCACUCCUAGCAAAAAGAAGAAGAAAAAACCUAUUGAGGGUAUCCCCAAGAACCUGCCGUGCUUGUUCCACGACGCUCACUUCAGUCCAUCGUCAGCGUACUUCGUGUUGGAAUGCUUGGGGCCCGGAGUGCCGAUAUCCAGUUUACAUAAAACAGCUCUGCCUGAGCCGAGACUGAUUAUGCACUUGGAGAACAAUACAGCUGUUAAGGAGAAGCUAUCAGGCAUAGCGCUGCCGACGCCGCGCACGUUCUCGGUGCAGCUGUCCAGCGGGCACGCGGCGCGCGUGCGCCUGCUGCUGCCGCCCGGCCUGCGGGAGGACGAGGUCACCAAGUACCCGCUUGUGCUCAAAGUGGACGGCGUGCCGGGCACGCAGCUGGUCACCGAGCAGUGGUCGCUGGACUGGGGCUCGGUGGCGGCGUCGGGCGGCGCCAUCGUGGCGGGCGUGGACGCGCGCGGCGCCGGCGGCCGCGGGCUCGCCGCGCACCACGCGCUGCACCGCCGCCUCGGCACCGUCGAGCUGGCGGACCAGCUCGAGGUCGCGGAGUACCUGCGCGAGUCGCUGCACUUCGUGGACGCGCGGCGCGUGGCGGUGUGGGGCGCGGCGCACGGCGGCUUCCUCGCCGCGCUCGCGCUCGCCAGCUCGCUCGACGUGUUCCACUGCGCCAUCGCCGUCGCGCCCAUCGUGCGCUGGCGCUACUACGCGUCAGCGUACGCGGAGCGCUACAUGGGGUUCCCGAACGCGACGGGCAACUACCGCGGUUACGCGGACGCCGACGUCACCAAGCAGGCGCUGGCGCUGCGCGACAAGAUGCUGCUGCUCGUGCACGGCACGGCCGACCACAGCGUGCACCUGCAGCAGAGCAUGGCGCUCGCGCGCGCGCUCGCCGACCAGGGCUCCAUGUUCCGCCUGCAGAUCUACCCGGACGAGGGCCACAGCCUGUCAGGCGUGCGGCGGCACGUGUACCGCAGCAUGUCCACGUUCCUGGACGAGUGCUUCCGCAAGCUCGUGCCGCCCGAGACCAAGGCGGGGCUGCGGAACGGCGGCAACCUCGACUGAGACACGUGGGGGGAAGAGGAGCUGUACUCUUGGUAAUCCCAGAAUCGAAAGACUAUAUCGAAGAACCUGUAGUACAAUUCUUUCCAUAUCUCCUCGACUGCCGGGCCGCAUCAAUGUGAUUUGUGAUUUAAGUGAAAACUUGUUUAAGAUGCGACCAUUCUGUGAAACGUGUUUCGUGAUACUCUUCCUCAAGCAAGUGCAAAAUUAGGGUAGCCCAUUGUGCUAGUUUAUCAGGUUUCUAAGCAUGGAAGUAGUCUAGACACAGAGAAUGAGAAAUGUUGCUGCCUUGUGUACUUGUGUCAAAUUGAUACUUUUAUCCUUUACUUUUAAGAAUCAUGACAACUAAAAGGUGAAGUUUCUCCGUAAGAAAAUAAUUUUAUUGAAAUUAUUAAAAAUUCGUCUGUUGAGUGAUGGAGUGUGAUGAAGUGCAUGUGUGUCUAAAUUACGAGACAUUAAAAUUUUAAGUGUCUGAACUCUUAGCCCUGUUGAGAGCUAUCCCAAUAAUAAUGUAUGUCUAAAAUAAAUAAUGAAAAUGUUUCAAAAUUUUUGAUGAUGUUCAGAAGAAAAUUAGUCAAUAGUUACAGAAAAAGUCGAAAACUGAAAUUAUAAGUCAUGAAAGUUCUAAUAUAAAAAGGAUUUUUAUGAUUUUCAACAACAACGACAACAACCAUAACAUAUCCAUGGCGUUUAAAUUAGAGUGACAAUACCUCCAAAUCGAAUACAUUCAUAACUGGCCAAAUUGCUAAUGCAUUCUUUAUUCAAUGGGCAAUUCCAUUA